AUGGAGUCUCGCGCAGAGGUGACAGGUCAUGGUGGUAGCGGUGGUGACGGCUCCCGCCUGCUGGCCAUGGCUACCCUCUCGCUCCCGCAAUCGGCGAAUGACCCAGACUACGUCUACGAGUACGAGUAUGAGGAGCACUCAGAGACUGGCUACGGAUCGACAUGCACAGGAACUGGCUCGACCGCCGGUCACUAUCGCGUCGACGCUACAGGCGCCUCGCCGCGCUCCGGCUCGGACUCGGACUCGUCAUCUACGGGCGGCAUCGUCUUCCCCCGUGAGGAGCUGGCGCUGUACAUGGUGCCCAAUGCCGGAAACGAGGGAGUCUCCGGCCCCUCGUCGGCCUCGUCUUUCCCGCAUCCGUCCACCACCCCGCGCCGCAUGAUCCGCGACGGCCAGGAUGCUGUUGCCUUUCCGUCGGCCUCCUUCCGCGACAAUGAGCUCGAAGCCCUAGUCUCGCCACGCAUCCGCCUUGCAAAGACCGCCCUCGUCUCACCCGGGCCCAGGAUUGCCGACGCCGAUGUCACCCUCAUCCGCGCCUCAUCAUUUGAAUCUUUGCCCACCCUCGAGGCUCAGGUCACAGUUUUUGAGCGCUCCAAGGCCCUCUAUCGGCCCAUUCUUGACGACUUUCUGCUCUUCCCGCUCGGUGCUUCCCCCCAGACCACCCGCUCGCUCCCGCUUGUAGCCUGGUCGAACGGCUGCACCGUCCCGCAGUUCCUCUACUCGCUCGCCAUCCUGCACAACAUUGUCUGCGAGCUAGUUGACCUCACUGCAGAAGGCAUGUUUACCCCACCGGGCCUCGCCGCCCUCGUCGAUCAGGUCUAUACUCUUCAGCAAGCCUGGCUGCCAUCCUGGCCCUGGUGCGACUAUGUGCUUGACCUCCUCCUUACCCUCUCCAUGGCUGCGCGCUCGCUCUCGUCCGCGCUCGAGCUCUUUGCCAACCCGUCGAGCCGCCAGGUCCAGAGCGAGCUUGUCACUGCCGUCGCCGCCGUCGACUCUCUCACUUCGCUCACUUCGUUUGCCUCGUUAGCGCGCGUCGACUCUACCCACACAUCGUCACCCUCGACCACCAACUCGCUACGUACCUCGCCGGCCUCGUCGCCCUACUCCUCCGUCGUCGAGCGCUCGCGGAGAACCUCGGCCGCCUCGAUCAGCCCCGCCCUUGGCCGCACGUCCAGCCCUGCUACCGUCGCCAUUGUCGCUUCGCCGCCUCGCGCUGACGUUGAGGAUGACGGCUCGUUUUCGGCCUCAUCGCCGACCUCGUCGCCGACACUGUUCCAGCUCGACAUGUCGCCGCCGGUCUCGCCGGCAGCCGCGCCUGCGCCGGCUCCGACCUCGACACCGGCACCGCCGCCGCCGCCCAAAGCCUUGCCGCGCCAUCUCUUCUCGCACAGCUCGUCGCGCAGCAGGUCGACCUCGCUCUCGCUCACGUCGGAAGCGACACCGGCGCUCUCGCCGCCGCCACCGUCUCCCGCGCCGUCGUCGAUUAUCUCGCGCGUCCAGGAGCUCGUUCUUGAGACCGAGCCGGCGCUCUCCAUGCGGCGUUCUGGCUCGGGCGCGAUCGCCUACGACCUUGCAUCGACCUCGCAUCUCUCCAUGCCGGACCCGGCAUCACCACACCGGCCGUCGCCGCUUGCGCUCACGUCGCCGUCGGGCAAGGUUUCGUCGUCGGACUCGUCCAUUGGCCCGCCACCCUCACCCGAUGGUGGAUCGUCGCCGCAGGCCGUGGCCACUGGCCCCGAGCUCGACCUUGAGCACCCGGCGUCAGCACUCAUGCAAGUCUCGCCGCUCAAGUCUGAGCUCCUUCAUGCAGUUUCGAUGCGCAACUAUGAGGCCAAGCGCGCUCGUUUGCAGUCGCUCCUCGGCGAAAUCCUCCCGCGUCGCCAGCCACCCCAGGCUGACCCCAGUGACAUGGGCGAGCUCUCGACCUCGCACCGCUCGUUUACGGGCUCAUCCAACUUUGACGAGCUCGGCUCGGACGAGCUCGGCGACUUGUCCAAGACGGCGACCGAGCUGGCCGACUCUGGCCCCACCACCGCCGCCGCUGUUGAGGCUUUUUCUUCCGAGCUGACCGAAUCGGAACGCCUCACCAACACUGUCCUCUGUCGCAUUUGCGAGAUGACUGUUCUCGCUUCCGAGUUUCGCGACCACACCACAGCCUGCCGCGAGCUUGCAGAGGCCGAGAUGGAGACCUCGGUGUGCGACCAGCAGCUGCUGCACCUCGCCGGAGCACUGGCCGCCGUCUCGUUUUCCAAGACUAAUCCUGAUGCUGCCGUCUCGACCAAGGUCCUCAACAUUGUCAUCAAGCACGUCAAUGCUGCUGUUGACUCGCUCGACAUCAACGCUUGUCUUGCUGCUAAGGAGCGCAUAUCUGCCCUCCAGCGCCUCAUCAUUGUCGCCGACGAGGACCUCGCCCACAAUCUACAGGAGCUCCUUGUUGCCCUCCAUCGGACCAUUAUGACCAAGGUGACCAACCUUGAGCGCGCCCAGGCCGCCGAGCCGCAGCUCCUUCUCGACGAGUACGACGAGUACGGGUCGGCCGACCCGGCAGCGUUUGCCUCGCACGAAGCAAGCAUGGGCGGGCCGGACCUGUUCUCGCCGGCCGCAGGUAACUCGCCGGUCGGCGACGGGCACCCAGCCUCGUCUGCCUUUCCCGCCGAGCCGCUCGCCGCAACAAGCAGCCCGCUCCGAUCGCGGCCAGGCACGCCUGCGUCGCCGUUGUCAUCGCACGACUCCCCAGGCGCAGGCCUUUUGCACAAGUGCUCCUCGCUCUCGGGAGAUACCGCUGCAGACGUCUCGCCGCUCGGCUCGCCGCGCAAGGGCGCUACCUCGACUGUUCGUCACGACUCACCGACGCACCCAUUACAGGACGCCGCGGCGUCGCGCGACUCACCCGUCGGCGCUGCCACAGACCGCGGCAAGGCCUCCCUGUACCUCGGCAGAGACACUGCUGUCUCUGACGAGGUUAACAACGCACCGUCGCCUCGCCUUGCCCCGCUUGGCGCCCGCGCUCUCGGGUCUACCCGCGCCGUCUCGAUGUCGGCCACCGUCCUCGCUGACCGGCGGUUUGACUCGCUCAAGCGGCGCAAAAAAGCCCGUCUACCCAAGAUCUCCGACUUUACGCUUGUGCGUCCCAUCUCUCGCGGCGCCUACGGCCGCGUGCUUCUGGUCAAGAAGAAGAGCACAGGCGACCAGUUUGCGCUCAAAGUCCUCCGCAAGGCCGACAUGGAGCAGACCAUCCUCGCCAAGAUCAAUAAUCCGCACAUCCUCCGCCUGUACUUUUCCUUCGAGUCGGCCCGCAACCUCUACCUUGUCAUGGACUUUAUGCCUGGCGGUGACGUGGCUGCCCUCCUCAAAGACCUCAAGUACUUUGACGAGCUGCACGCCAAAAUCUACGCCGCUGAAGUCAUUCUUGCCCUCGAGUACCUCCACUCCAAGGGCAUCAUCCACCGUGACCUCAAGCCUGACAACCUGCUCAUCUCGGAGCAAGGACACAUUAAGCUCACUGACUUUGGCCUUUCCACCAUGGGUAUUCUCGACCGCACCUCACGCGCCCACAACACAAAGUCGGCCUCGCGCCGCCACCGCCACCGCCACCGCCACCCCCGCCUCGCACCGGCCUCGGCCGCGCCCAAGUCCUCAACCCACAUGUCCCGCCCGACCUCGGCACUCCGCCACUCGGCUACCGGCGCGUCACCCAGCUUUUCUAUCGUCUCUUCGUUUGCGCCCUCCUCGUCGUCUACCCGCCUCGAUACCGUCGCCGAGCAUGCGGCGGGAGAGUCGCUGCCGUCCAGCGCCGCCACCGUUGCCACCGACGCUGUCUCUCUCUUUGGAGGCGAAAGUCCGACUCCGUCGUCGCCGGCCGGAUCCAUCGCUGACCGUCGCGCUGCCCUUGCCUCGUCGCCGUCGGAAGAGUGUCUUAACUCGUCGCUGGUAUCCAUAAGCGGCUCGCCUGUCGCCAACCGGACUCGCUCGGCCGGCACGCCGUCCCUCAAGGAGGCCGCGGCUGCUGCUGCUGCCACUUCGGGCUCUGCUACCAACUUGUCGAGCUUUGUGCCUGUCGACCCGACCGGUUUGAGCUCUUCGAGCUCUUCGAGCUUGUCAGCAUCAUCAACUUUGCCGCCGCUGCCGCCGUCGUCGUCGUCCUCAUCGUCAUUGUCGUUGUCAUUGUCGUCAUCGUCGCCAUCGUCGCCAUCGUCGUCGUCGUAUGGCUCGAUCUCAUCACCCCACCCAGAGGACAACGGACACGCCGGUGUUGUCGUUGCUGCCGACAUGUCGACGUCGUCGACUGCCGUGUCCCGUUUUGACGGCUCUGCCUACUCGGAUGAGGCGCCUUCUGACGUUGACAAGCGGCGCGCUCGCGCAACUGUGUACUCGGACAACCCGGCGUCAGACGGCUCAUUUGCUGCCGCUAGCUCGGGUGUGGUCACGCCUGUGCCCGUCCUUGUCCCAAGCCCACUGCUCACCAACUCGCACGGCGGCGUUGAAGUUUCUACCGAUGACAAGUACGGCCUCACCAUAUGUACCAUGGCCUCCCCCUCGGCGCCAAACCUGUCACCAUCGCCGGUUCCCGACAAGCGUCUUCAGCCGUCGGUGCCGCCACCGAUUGCUCUCAGCAACUCGGGCUCGCUUUCGGGCUCGGUCGCUCGCGUUCAUGUCACGCCCGACGGCACCAUUGUGCUUCCGGGCGAGGCCGACUGCGGCGACUCGCCGCGGACGGUCCACCACGGCUCGCGGUACGCAGACAGCAAGACACCGAGCGGGCGCCCGUCGCCAGCCCAGACCACACCGUCGUCGGCUGCGCGUGUGUUGUUUGCCGGUUCGGACGAGUCGGGCGGCAGUGCUGUGGGCAAUGGCAAUGGCAAGGGCAAGGGCAAGGGCAAGGGCAAGGGCAAGGGCAAGAGCAAGGGUAAGGGUAAGGGCAAGAGCGGCAAGCGCAGGAGCACCAGCAAAGAUGCCAGAGGCGUGGGCAUGCUGCAGCCGUCAGGGCUCUCGAUUGUGGUGCAGGAGGUGGCUGCUGGCCCGCGAGCACAGCUGGUGGCAACGCGGUCAUCACAGGCAUCGCGGUCGUCACCGCGGGCGAUGCGUUCGUCGCGGUCGUCGCGGUCGUCGCGGUCGUCCGGCUCGAGCACGCCCGCGCGGUCGCGGUCGAUGUCGCCGCAACGCUCACCGCAACAAUCGCCGCAGCGGUCGCCACAGGCAGCCCAGGCGAGCCCACGCCCGCCAAGGCCGAGCCCGCACGGCAUCCGGCGGCGGCGCGGCGCGUCGGAGCUCUCACCGUCGAUCAUGUCGUCAUCGUACUCGGCGGUCAACAUGUCACUCGGUGAGACGCCGGACCCGAACAUGCGGAACGUCUCGCCGUCAGCGGCAGUUCCACCAGCGAUGCGGAUGCGGAUGCGGCGCAACUCAACCCACUCGGUAGCGUCGAACAACUCGUCGUCGCUAGGGCCAAUGGCGCUCGACCUCAUCGACGAGGAUACCGAAAUUGGUUCGCUGAACGGCUCAGGCCCGCUCAACGCCAUUCCCACGGUUGUCCGACCUGACGGCCAUCGCGACUCGUCAUCGUCAUCGUCGUCCGAGUCGCUCUCGUCGUCGACCUCGUUUGGUCUUGCGUCGUCAACCCAGGCCCGCGGCAUUAUCGAUGUUGCCGACGUGACGUCGCCGACCACGCCGAUUUCACCGUCGGUGCCGGUCACGCCGCGGACGCCGCAGCGCAGCAGCAAGUACUACAAGGGCGGCUCGGACUCGUACUCGCGACCGCCAAUCCCACAAACGGCACCGCGGCGGAUCCAGACCGGCGCCGCGCCGUCCGAUUCCAACGAGCGCUCAUCCGGGCGGCUCAAGCUGUCAGACACCUACCGCGACCAGCAGUCGAUACUCCUCGCCCGGCCAAUCUCUGCGGGGCACUCGUCGGCGGAUGUUUCGUCUGGCGGGACGUCGAGCGCUGCCGCGGGCGCGGUCGGCGGCUGCGCGCCGGUUGUCGUUCCCAACGACGGCUCGGCGACUCGCUUUGCCUCGAUGUCAUUCAAGCGCGGUGCGCAGAAGAAGCACUCGUUUGUGGGUACGCCGGACUACCUCGCACCGGAGAUUAUCAUGCAUGGCUCGCACGACGAGCGGGUCGACUGGUGGGCGCUCGGAGUUAUCCUUUUUGAGAUGCUCACCGGCGUCCCGCCAUUCAACGACGAGACGCCGCUAGACAUCUUUGAGAACAUCAUCGAGCGGCGCAUCGUGUGGCCUGACGUGCCCGAGGAGAUCUCGGAGGAGGCCAAGGACCUCAUCUCCAAGCUGCUCACCAUCGACCCGCGGAAGCGGCUGGGGCGGCACUCGGCGUCCGAGGUCAAAAGCCACCCGUUCUUCCGCGACAUUGACUGGGACGACCUCCUCGACCGCGACGGCCCGUUUGUGCCCAACCCGGACGUUGACUACUCGUACGACCGCGGUGCGACUGGCGCCGAUCCGGCCGCCGACAUCACCGCCGAAUUCGGCGACUCGCACGACGGCGGCGCUGGGCCGGCUCCGGACGAGGACGAGGACGAGCUGACCCGCUUGCUCGAGGGCAAGACCUCGCUCAUUACCUUUACCGGCGACGAUGAUGUCGAGAAGGAGCUUGACUCGCUCAACACCAAGCACGCAUGGGGAACGUACACCUACAUCUCAGUCGCCGCUCUCAACGACCUCUCUGAGCGCCAGCUCAAACAGGUCACUGCCAUGGAAGACGACGCCAGUGACCGUGGCCGCCGCGACUCGGGUGCCUCAGAGCACUCCAUCGCCCGACUCCGUCGCGAAGCCAGCACCAUGGACAGGCUCCGCCGCGACUCGGGCGCGUCCACAAAUCCCUCGAACUAA